AUGCCUACAACAGCGGACAAGCUGCGAGCCAGUUUGAAACGAGUUCCCCGCCUUAAAGAAAAAGUUGCAUCCCUUCAGCAUCAAAUAAGUGCCAUGAAGGAUGAAACAGCCAAGGUGCCUGAAAAGCUGAUCCUUGAAAAAAUCAAGACACUUCCUCUAAAGCAGCAGUUGAGUGUUAUUCACUGCUUCAAGGCUGCCAAACUAAAAUCAACUCGUGGUAUGGCAAUCGACAGUCAAUGGAUUCUCGAAUGUAUAAUGAUGCGGAUAAAAAGCCCACAGUUAUACAAACAUAUCCGUGCUCAGAACAUACUUGUGCUGCCCAGCAAGUCUUGCUUACAGAAGUACGUCAAGGCAUACAAUAGCGGUUUUGGCUUCAACAAGAUGACAUUUGCUGGACUAUCACUGAAGACCAAAAGAAUGGAUGUGUUUCAGAGGCACGGUGGCCUUGUUAUCGACGAACUUAAACUUUCGGAGCACCUAAAUGUGCAGUCUUCGGGAUUGAUUCAGGGAUUUGUGGACCUGGGUACAUUCACACCAAAGAACCAGAGAAACGAACUGUGUGACCAUGGUCUCAUCGUGUUAUUUCAACCUUUUGUAGGUUCCUGGACACAAAUAGUCGGGACAUUUGCUUCCCGUGGUAACGUGAAGGCAGACCUGCUUGCAAAGAUUGUUAUCGAGGCAGUAAUACUUUGCGAACAGGCAGGACUCCAUGUGGAUUUCAUCACAUCAGACGGGGCUGCUUGGAAUCGACAGAUGUGGAAAUCAUUUGGAAUUUGUUCAACAACAGAUGGUGUGAAGUUCAAAGUUGAACACCCUGUGUCGUCGGAACGGUGUCUUCACUUCAUCUCCGAUUUUCCACACUUAAUAAAAUGUGUGCGCAACAUGCUUGUGAAGACCGGAUUCCAGACACCGGAAGGCAGGGUUCUUAUAGAGCACGUGGAGGCUGCCUGGAAGGCAGACAGCAGCAACAUCUCGCUGAAAGCCAUGCCACGAAUUACAAAGUCACAUCUGCGCCCCAAUAACUUCGAAAAGAUGAAAGUGAAUCUUGCUUUUCACCUUUUUAGCCAAGAAGUCCUGCGUGGACUCUACAUGUACAAGGAUGUGAUUGAAAUGCAGUAUGGGUCGUCCGUCGCCACAGAGGCAUUCAUAAGAGUUACUCAGGAGUUAGUGGAAGUCAUGACCUCAAGGGAGCCAAGAAAAGCUCUUCGACCAGGUUCAAUGCAGGUUCAAUUCCUCAAAUCCUUCCUUGCCUACCUUCAAGAGUGGAUAGAAUUCACAACUGAAAAUGGAGGUGGCUUCCUGAGUGAAAGCACUGCAUUUGGUUUGCAGGUCACUAUCUCCAGCACCGUCUCACUACUGGAAUAUGUCACGACCAAGCUAGGCUUCAAGUACCUUAUGACGUCUACGCUAAGCCAAGAUAGACUUGAAAAUAUAUUUGGAAUUGUGAGACAGUCGUCUGGAUGCAAUGUGCACCCCACGCCAUCACAGUUCCUCAUUUCGGUUAAUUGCUUAAGUUUCUAUAACUUAGCAAGGCCACCGCAAACAGGAAAUUCGUCGGCAGAGACUGUGAGUGCAUUGUUGGACCUUCCUCCACAGCAGACCAGUGUAGCACAGCAACAAAAGGUUGAUGCGGCCUUAGACAUCGGCAACCUGGAGGAAGCACGGCAUAUUCUAAAUUCGUUGGGCCAGCCUCUAGAACACGAGGACAUGGCAGUGGAGCGCAGUGAUUCCCGGCUUAUAUUUUAUGUAGCUGGUUACGCUGCCCGGAAGGGCAUCUCAGCGUUGAACUGUGAAAGCUGUGCUGACCUGCUAGUGAGCAAACACGCGAGAGACGACAGGGUUGAUAGCUACACUAGACACCUUGACCGUGGGGGACUCCUAUAUGUGUCUGACCAGAUGUGCAGACUGGUAGAGACAAUGGAAAAUGCCUUUACAGCAUGCAUGAGCAAGUGCGAACUCCACAGUGACGCAGUGAUGGAAGUAUCAUCAGUCCUGCAAGGAAGCCUGCUUAACAGAGUUGGUUGUGAGUCACACCAAACAGAACUGACAAACAGAAUUAUAAAGUUCUAUAUUUUGACACGGCUUCACUUCUACGUGAAAUCGCUAAACCGAGGCAGAGAGAAGAGGAAGCGCAUUAAGAACUCUAAACUGGGUCGACUGUAA